AUGAACAUCAGUAAGUAUAUCUACGAUGAUGGAAUAUCACAUGGAUCCUUAGAAUCACGGCACCCAGUUGAAUCCUGCGCAUUCCAGUUGCAGACGUGGAGACCUUUUCAGCUUCCUACUGGCAAAACCCUAGAAUCCGAUUCCGCUAAACCCAACUCCGGCGUUACCGGUUAUACUGGGCUCCAAGGCAAACGACCCUGCCGGUCCGACCGCACAACGUCGUUUUCCAUUGGCGCCAUCCUUGACAUGUCGAAGCUCAGCCUUUUUGACGACGAUAGGCCACUUACGGCAGCUCAUAAGCAAUUGUUCGCCAGGAAGCGUCGCCGUAGGGGGUCGAGGUCUCUGUCAGGGAGAAGCAGCGAUCGGAGCGGGACUCGCCGGCGUUGCUGCUCGGUCGCGACGUCGAGGGCUUAUGGGACUGCUUCGGAUCACCCUAUGGUGGCCGGAGGAACGGAUUCGAGUGGGGAGCUGUUUGUGAACGGUGGAGGGGAUGCGAAUUGGGCAUCUGAUGUGAGUGAGGUGGCGAGGAAUCCAAGGAGAGAGAGGGAGAGCAAUGGGAGUGGCGAGAGGGAGAAUGUUAGUAGUGGGUAUGUCCAAUUAGGUCAUUUUGAUAGCCAGGGGAAUGAAUCUGGGUACGGGAGUGAGCCAGGGUAUCGGGGUGAUGUGGAGCUUGGAUAUGACGAUGAGGUUGAUGAGGAAGAGGAUGAUUCGAGGCUUUUGUUUUGGGGUGAAGAAUUUGGAGAUUCUGGUUCAAAAACGGAGAGGGUUGGUCAGAACUCAUUGCAGAAAGCCCAUCAUAGGUGUCGGCGUAAGAAACAUGAUUUGAGAAUGAUCGAUCCCAUAAGCUAG